AUCGGGGCCGGGGCCCUGGCAGGUGGGGCGCGCUCCAAGGUAGCUCCGAGCGUGGACUUUGACCACAGCUGUUCAGACAGUGUCGAGUACCUGACGCUCAACUUCGGGCCCUUCGAGACAGUGCAUCGCUGGCGGCGCCUCCCGCCCUGCGACGAGUUCGUGGGUGCCCGGCGAAGCAAGCACACAGUAGUGGCCUACAAAGACGCCAUCUAUGUAUUUGGAGGCGACAACGGGAAGACGAUGCUCAACGACCUUCUGCGAUUUGACGUGAAGGAUUGCUCCUGGUGCAGGGCCUUUACCACCGGCACCCCACCAGCCCCCCGCUACCACCACUCGGCUGUCGUCUAUGGGAGCAGCAUGUUUGUGUUUGGGGGCUACACCGGCGACAUUUAUUCCAAUUCUAACCUGAAGAAUAAAAAUGACCUGUUCGAAUACAAGUUUGCAACUGGCCAGUGGACGGAGUGGAGGAUUGAAGGACGCUUACCAGUUGCCAGGUCAGCCCAUGGGGCCACAGUGUACAGUGACAAGCUAUGGAUCUUCGCUGGCUAUGAUGGCAAUGCCAGGUUGAAUGACAUGUGGACAAUUGGCCUCCAGGACCGGGAGCUCACAUGCUGGGAGGAGGUGGCCCAGAGUGGUGAGAUCCCACCGUCUUGCUGCAACUUCCCUGUGGCUGUGUGCCGGGACAAGAUGUUUGUGUUCUCAGGGCAGAGUGGAGCCAAGAUAACCAACAACCUCUUCCAGUUUGAGUUUAAGGACAAGAUGUGGACACGCAUCCCCACCGAGCACUUGCUCCGGGGCUCCCCGCCACCCCCCCAGAGGCGCUACGGUCACACCAUGGUGGCCUUCGAUCGCCACCUCUAUGUGUUCGGGGGUGCAGCUGACAACACAUUGCCUAAUGAGCUGCAUUGCUAUGAUGUGGACUUCCAGACCUGGGAGGUUGUCCAGCCCAGCUCCGACAGUGAGGUCGGUGGGGCUGAGGUGCCCGAGCGAGCUUCCACUUCUGAGGAGGCACCCAGUCUGACCUCUGAGGAGCGGGCUGGCUUUAAGAAGUCCCGAGAUGUAUUCGGCCUGGACUUCGGUAGCACCUCAGCCAAGCAGCCCACUCAGCCGGCCUCAGAGCUGCCCAGCGGGAGGCUGUUCCACGCGGCCGCUGUCAUCUCCGAUGCCAUGUACAUCUUCGGGGGCACCGUGGACAACAACAUCCGGAGUGGGGAGAUGUACAGGUUCCAGUUCUCCUGUUACCCCAAGUGCACACUGCAUGAGGACUACGGGCGGCUGUGGGAGAGCCGCCAGUUCUGUGAUGUAGAGUUCGUGCUGGGUGAGAAGGAGGAGUGUGUACAGGGCCACGUGGCCAUUGUCACUGCGCGGAGCCGCUGGCUCUGCAGGAAGAUCGUGCAGGCACGGGACCGGCUGGCCCAGAAGCUGGAGGAGGAGGCGGCCCCAGCUCCCAGGGAAGCCUCUGGUGCUGCUGUGAGUGGGACGAGGCCUCCCCUGCUGCGUGUGGCCAUUCGGGAGGCUGAGGCCAGGCCCUUUGAGGUGCUCAUGCAGUUCCUCUACACCGACAAGAUUAAAUACCCUCGGAAAGGCCAUGUGGAGGACGUGCUGCUCAUCAUGGAUGUGUACAAGUUGGCGCUGAGCUUCCAGCUGUGCCGCCUGGAGCAGCUGUGUCGGCAGUACAUCGAGGCCUCUGUGGACCUGCAGAACGUGCUGGUUGUGUGCGAGAGUGCCGCCAGGCUGCAGCUGGGCCAGCUCAAGGAACACUGCCUGAACUUCGUGGUGAAGGAGUCCCACUUCAACCAGGUGAUCAUGAUGAAGGAGUUCGAGCGCCUCUCCUCCCCACUGAUCGUGGAGAUUGUGAGGCGGAAGCAGCAGCCCCCUCCUCGUACCCACUCUGACCAGCCUGUGGACAUUGGCACAUCUCUGAUCCAGGACAUGAAGGCAUACCUGGAAGGUGCAGGUUCAGAAUUCUGUGACAUCACACUGCUGCUGGAUGGGCACCCAAGGCCAGCCCACAAGGCUAUCCUGGCCGCCCGCUCUAGCUACUUUGAAGCCAUGUUCCGGUCCUUCAUGCCUGAGGAUGGGCAGGUGAACAUCUCCAUCGGGGAGAUGGUGCCCAGCAGGCAGGCUUUCCAGUCUAUGCUGCGCUACAUCUACUAUGGCGAGGUCAACAUGCCCCCUGAGGACUCCCUCUACCUAUUUGCAGCCCCCUACUACUACGGCUUCUAUAACAACAGGCUGCAGGCGUACUGCAAGCAGAAUCUGGAGAUGAACGUGACUGUGCAGAACGUACUGCAGAUCCUGGAAGCGGCGGACAAGACGCAGGCACUGGACAUGAAGCGGCACUGCCUGCACAUCAUUGUGCACCAGUUUACCAAGGUCUCCAAGCUGCCCACGCUCCGGUUGCUGAGCCAGCAGCUGCUGCUGGACAUCAUAGACUCCUUGGCCUCCCACAUAUCCGACAAGCAGUGUGCAGAGCUGGGCGCUGACAUCUAGGGCCUCCUCAGAUCCCACCAGCAUGGAGCACGAUGCUGUCUGUCUCCGUGGCCCACUGCAAAGACUGCCCUGUCCACACCCCUGCCUACAGGGGUCACACCUGUGGGACCCAAAGGCCAGCAUUACUCAGAGCCUCUGAAGGGAGCUGGGGAUGGGUGGGUGCGGGGACCAAACACCUCAUUUCAUUGAGGACACAGGUUCCACGGGGGUGGAGAGUAAAGCCACCUCUCUCCUCUUCCUGCUCAGGAAGCCACGGCUUAGUGGUUAAGACAUCAGAGGAGACGCACCCUGACCGUUAUUCCGAAGUGCGGAGUGUGGUGCAGGAGGGUCAGCCUGGAUCCCGGGGACUGGGUGUGUUGGGGGGAAGGGGCGUGGCGGUCCACCUAGGCUACACCCCACGCCCACCCUGUCACCAGUCUGUUCUGAGCCCCUACUCCCAGCAGGAGCUUAUGAACGGGGACCAGUGACGUACAUCUGGUCUGCCCUGAAGAUGAAUUCUGGAGCAAUGAGCCUGACGGCCACCGCCAGCACACAGGGCAGUCAACCUGGGCUGUGCCUAUUUUGGCUGUGCCUGGCUUCCAGAGGGGCUGCAUGCUCCCAGCCCACCCACAUGCGUAUCCGGGCCAGAGAGAGGUCAGGAGAAAGGCCCAAGUAUUCACUGUCGUAGAUAUGCCUCCAUUAAAGCCACAGCAAUGCUACCUA